GCCCGCCCUUUUUAACAUUGUUUCCCCGUCAACACACCAUGUCAUUGAUUCUGUAGAUACUCCCCGACUCUACCUAAUUCCUAUCAUUUCUCAAAAGGCGCAUCGCAGCGUCGCAUCCCAGCAAUGGCCGCCCGAACCGCCACUCAACGGCUCCCACUCCGACCAUCAGCCUCUGUACUACUACGCCCAGCGAGAACCUUUCCUCCAAUCCCUCGCCGCGCCUUCAUCUCCCUGCCCGGCAACCCUCAGCAGAGCCUCGUCGCCACUCGCACUCUCCCCUACCGUCACGAACCCCUCUACGAGCUGAUCGCAGACGUCGACUCCUACUCGGCCUUUGUGCCGUACUGCUCGCAGUCCAAAGUCACCAAAUGGUCCGCGCCAGACUCUUCAGGCCGCAGCUGGCCUACGCUCGCCGACUUGCAGGUCGGCUGGGGCGGCUUUGACGAGACCUUUACCAGCCGCUUGCUUUGCGUUCCUGGCGUCUCCGUCGAGGCUCGCAGCGGCGGUUCUGCUUUAGGUGGCCCUGCGCAAGAUGCGUCCGCCGUCUUCAAGACUCUCGAGACCGUAUGGUAUUUGACGCCAAUUGCUCGCCAGUCCGCAACGCCCUCAACCGAGGUUAAACUCACUAUCAAAUACCAAUUCGUCAACCCGCUAUAUGCCGCGCUCAGCGCUGCCGUAUCCGAUAAAAUUGCGGCCCUCAUGAUUGAAGCCUUUGAGAAGCGAGUUCACUACAAGUUGGGAGCUCAGCAGCGUCUCUAGCAUACAGAUUAGCUACAGACUCUUCUGGGCGACUCAUGAAUAACGACACAAGACAUAGAGCAUAUCGGCAAAGUGAAAAGGCAAAGUGGAUAGAUGUAAACCGCUUAUAUAUACUGGAUAGAUAGAACUCCCUCAACUCACGACAGCUAAUCAUCCCCGUUUGAACAAACCCAACAACUUCCCAUUGAAACAGAAUAGAGUAAAAAUGAAAUGAACUAGCGAAAAAAAAGAAGAAAAGAGGGCAAAGUAGAUCUUGUCUUCAUCAAAACGUAGCCCUCCCCAUCUAACCCACACCAAUUGCUCCUUAAUAUUUGAAUUUCACCCGCCCAAGUACGCCAAACAUCCCCCGCCUUCGAUGACAAAGCCAGCAGGUAUGGGAGACGGUGUAAGUCUGCGCCGCCACCCUGGAUUCGACUUGCCUUCUCCCUCCUCGUGCAAACCCAUGCCGUUGAAAGGUUGAGCCCAAGAUGACCGCAGAUAGGCAGAACAGGAGGGGAAUCUUUCGCUCAAAACAUGGUAAGCAGACCAAAAACACUAGAAAAGAAAAAAAAAAUUCGCUCAUAUAGAUGGCAUAAAACGUAUCGAAGCAUCCAAUUUUUGGAACAUAAAGGGUCGUAGAUAAUCGUAUAGUAAUGUAAUUAUUUUUUGCUUGAUGUC